AUGUCUCCGUUGAGAAUCCCUUUUACCAAACCGUUCCCGCCUGCCAUCAAUUUCCCCAAAACUGCCAGUAGUGUAGCCGGUGCAAUUGACGCGAUCGGCGACUUCUUCACGGCCCCUCCGUCGCCCUUCCUACAGGGCAUCGACGUCGGCAAAAAUGCUCAGACAGUGAUCCUCACGGGAGCCGGCAUCUCGGUCGCAUCUGGUCUCUCUGAUUAUCGAGGGGAAAAUGGGACGUAUGUUCGGAACAAAUCCUAUCGUCCUACUUACUACCACGAAUUCAUAACCCGUCAUGAGGCUCGCAAACGGUACUGGGCGCGAAGCUAUGUGGGAUGGCCGGGCUUGUUGAAGUCAAAGCCCAACAGCACACACAGAGCGGUUGCAGAUUUAGGGGAAAAGGGUUACGUGAGCAGUGUGAUUACACAGAACGUGGACUCUUUUCAUCUCGUUGCGCACCCGGAGUUGUCUACUAUUGAAUUGCACGGGUUUUUACGGGGUGUUGUCUGUAUAAAUUGUCACAAUCUCGUCCCUCGAGAGGACUUUCAGCAAUCUCUCACGCGGUUGAACCCAGCCUGGGCCGAUUUCUUGAAUGAAAUGUUGGAGUCCGGUGCUCUGGAUACUAAUAACCCGGAAGAACAGCGCAAGCGAGGACUAAAGAUUAACCCUGAUGGUGACGUGGACCUUCCUCAUGCGCCGUACUUGACUUUCCGCUACCCGGCAUGUCCUCACUGCUUAGAGAAGCCGCCUUUACUGCCGGACGGAGGCCAGACCAAAGCAAUCGUCGAGACAGAGCCUGAUGGUGCCUGGUCGCCGUCGUCCACCGCUGGGAUACUGAAGCCGGCUGUCAUCAUGUUUGGCGAAUCUACAAGCUCUGCGGUGCGGAGUGCAGCCGAAGAAGCCAUAGAUGAUGCUGGCCGGCUUUUGAUCAUGGGCACGAGUCUGGCGACUUAUUCUGCGUAUAGGCUAGUGGAACGCGCUCACAAACGGGGCAUGGCUAUCGGCAUCAUCAAUGUCGGUGGCGUCCGGAACGAGUCGCAGAUAUUCGGGAAUCUUCUCAACGAGCGAUAUCUGCAGAAUCAUGUACGAUGUGAUCAUAAAAGCGAGGCUGUGCUGCCGGAAGUGGCGUCACGGCUACCUACCCUUGCUGAGACUGAAGAAGGAUGA